AUGACCACCUUUCGCUCCAAUACAAUCGAACAGCUUCGCUCGGCCCUGGCUCAUGUCACGAUCAGCCAUGCAGUUCUCUUUAGCAUCUCCGUUCUAUUGCUCCACCUCGUCAGCAACAAGUAUCUACCUCGACUUCGCCAUGUACCAGGUCCCUUCCUGGCAGGCUUCACCAGACUCUGGAAACUCAACUGCGUCGCCCACGGCCAAUUGGAAAAGGUGCAGAUGCAACUGCACGCUCGAUACGGACCGGUUGUGCGAAUCAGCCCCAACGAGGUGCUGAUAUCUGAUCCUUCUGCUAUCAAAACCAUCUACGGCCACUCCUCAAACUUCCGCAAGACUAAGUUCUACAUCCCGUUCGGCACCAAGGAUAACGAUGAUCUGUUUACCGACCCGAAUGUUGCGCGUCAUGCCCACCACCGCCGGGAGAUUGCUUCUGCAUACAGCAUGACUUCUCUAGUCGAGUUGGAGCCCAUGGUGGAUAAGUGUGUGGAAACCAUGUGCGAUCAGUUUCGGGGCCUAGCUGGCCAGGGCAAGCCUCUUGAUAUUGCAAAGUGGCUGCAGUUCUAUGCCUUUGAUGUCAUUGGGCAAAUCACCUUCUCGAGGCCUUUCGGGUUCAUGCAAGAGGGCAAAGACGUUCAAGGCUGCAUCUCAAAACUCGAACGCUAUCUCAUCCACGGCGCACUCUUUACAGUCAUGCCCGAGUUCUGGCCGCUCUACUACCUUGUCAACACGCUGCUGUCAAAAGUCGGCCUUGCAUACCCUCCCGGGAUAGGUGUCUUCAACGAAUUUGUGGGCAGUCAAAUCCAGGACCGACUGGAGCGUGGCGCCCAAGGCCAGGUUGACUUCGUCUCCAGGCUGCAAAAGAUGGGACGUGACGAGUCCACCAUCUGGCGCAGCUGCUUUGCCAACGUCGCUGCUGGAAGUGAUACGACGGCCAUCAGCCUGCGGGCCAUUAUUUACUUCCUUCUCAAGAAUCCGCGGGCAUAUCAUCGGCUUCAAGAUGAGGUCGACACGUUCAGCGCUGAGGGGAAAGUCAGCGAUCCGGUGACGUUUGGCGAAGCCUGUAAAAUGCCAUAUCUUCAGGCAGUUAUGAAGGAGGCCAUGAGAGUGCACCCAUCAGUCCAAUGGAGUCUCCCUCGCUACGUUCCAGAUUCGGGCCUCCAAAUCGGCUCGGUCGAUAUCCCAGCGGGGACCGAGGUCGGCAUUAAUCCAUACGUGAUUCACCGGAACACGUCGAUCUUCGGGGACGACGCCGAGGUCUUCAGACCGGAGCGGUGGCUGGAGAAUGAGGAGAAGGCCAAGGAGAUGGAUCGGCACAUGGUCCAAUUCGGCACCGGGUCACGUGUCUGUCUGGGAAAGAAUAUCUCGUUGAUGGAGAUGUCAAAGCUGCUCCCCGAGAUUUUGAGGCAUUUUGACUUUGAGCUUGUUCAUCCCGAGGAGCCAUGGAGCGUAUCCAACUUUUGGUUUGCGAAGCAGGGCGACAUGGACUGCAUGGUGGCAGCAAGAAAGUCAAGUAGGGUCUAG